GGCGCAUGUUUUCGACUUCUCCUUGGCCGCGUUUGCGGGACAACGCAACGCGAAAAACGUGAAAAAUGGACGAGAAAAUCAUGGACAAUGCGAACUCACUUGACAAGACGGCGCGGAAUCUCACCGACGAUAUACAGAGCAUGUCAAAUUACAGGGCGCUUUACAACGAGAUACAAAAACUCGUCGCGUCGCCCGCUGUGGAUAAGGACGAUUUCAAGAACUCGCUGAUGACAGCGCUCAAGGAUAACGGCCUGGAAACGGAGAUCCGAAACACUGUGUUUCACUGGGCACGAUCGCGGGGUUCAUUACACUCUCGGUCAGUUUCACAUAUACAGACAGCUGACCUGAGUUAUCUAAAGAAAACUCAAAUUCAAUGGGAACGACGCAUACAAAAAUCAUUGAACUCAACAUGCAGCGAAUUGAACAUUCCUCUGGCUCGUAUAAGACCCACCGUUGAUAGAGAAGAGUUAGCUGAAAAAUGGAAUGAAUUGAGCACUUAUGACAUCGAUCUGUCGCAAUAUCGGCCACUGUACGCGCCAAAGGACUUCCUGGAUGUAUUGUUCUCCAUACGUGAUCCUUCAUUCAAAAAGCAACCAGACGAAUUAAAUUGGGAUUUCAGUCACAUACAAAUUAGUGUAAAAACGCUUGCACAAUUGAGGCGUAUGUACACAGAAUUAGCACAGGGAAUACCAUUAUUGGGAAUAAAUCCCGAUAUGCCGGCCGCAGAAAAUUUUUCAAAUUUGGAAGCCGAGCGAACGUACAUUGGCGAAAAAGUAUUAAAUUCGAAUCAUGCUCCGGUUGCUCAAGAGUUUCUUAAAAGGGGAUCCCCUCGAGCAUUGCGCGGUCGCAUUUGGUCACUCGUUCUCGGAUCUGUUAUCAAAGAUAAUGACAUAGAAUAUUAUGAGGAAUUGAAAAAUAUGGUUUUGCAAUAUGAUAUUGUGGUAGACAAACUGAUAAUAAUGGAUGUACAAUUAACGGCGAGAAACGAUGAUCAAUACUUUGUAUUCGAAGACGUUUUAUAUAAAACAAUGCUGUGCUUCUCAAGAGAUUCCGAGAUACUUGCACCAGUCACGACUGACAGAAGUGCCGGGGGUCAAGUGAUCCACGCGGUUUUGCAAGGCAAACCAGCGACGUUGGAAAACACCUUGGUCUUUCCCCCAAGUGGUGUUAUUCCGUUUCAUGGAUUUACGAUGUAUGCUACACCAUUUUGUUAUUUAUAUGAUGAUCCCUGCGCUAUGUAUUAUACUUUCCGUGCGUUCUACUUGAGAUAUUGGUUUCGUUUGCACACUGUAUCGAGCCACGAACAAGGUAUAGUUGCCCUCUGUUUACUUUUCGAACGACUACUGCAAUGCCAUGAACCGCAUUUGUGGGCUCAUUUCAAAAAUAUACACGUUCAACCCAUAAAAAUAGUUUUUAAAUGGCUUAUGAGAGGCUUCAGCGGCCAUUUACCGCCUGAACAACUAUUGUACCUUUGGGAUUUAAUUCUCGGUUAUGACUCUUUGGAAAUUAUUCCACUGUUGGCAGUGACAAUAUUGAGUUUUCGAAAAGAAAAUUUACUGCAAGUUAAUACUCAACAGAAUGUAGAGGCUGUGUUAGCAGACUUAUCCUCAUUAAAAGUAAUGCCUUUACUACAGCUGGCUCUUCUAAAAGAAUAGUGUCGCUUUACACGUGAAAGUAUAAACAUUUAUCUCAAAAUUUGUAAAUUUCUUUUUUUAGGUGUUUAUUACUCUUUUAGCUUCCAUAUUUCAGGGCUGGUCUUGUCAAUUCCGAUUAACUUUUAUAAAAAAAAUUGAUUAAAUUUAUGAAUUGCCUUAAACUAUUGUGUGAAAACUUAAAAUUGAUCAUUCUUAAUUUAAUUUUUUAUUUUAAUUUAAAAGCUAUUUAAUUUUAGCAAUUAAAAGUAUUGCAUUUUACAUAAAUUGUAAUUUAUGGAAAAAGUACAAGGAAAACUAAAUAAUACAUCAGUUUUAAGUUUUACAUUUAUAAAUUUAAUCAAGCAAUUUUUAAAAUUAAUCAGAGUUGAUAAGACUGGCUCUUAUUUCGUAAUUUUAAUCAUGAAAAAAAUAUGUACUGAUAUUGAAAAAUACAUAUGCUAUUAUGUAUUGAAUAAAUAAACGACGGACAAUCUUAAAAUUAUUUUUUACAACAA